CCCCCACCCCGCUCGUCCGCUCUUCCUCUACAAGCCAAGCCUCCCCUGCCUCCCCUCCCUCCCCCAUUAUUCCCGGGCCUCGUCGCUCCCCGCUCCGCCUACCAAUUUACCCGCCCCUCGCUUAAAUCCGCCAAAGCGCACCCAGCGGGGCCCCAAACCCUAGCCCGGGCCGCCCCGCGCAUGGGCAAGUACAUGCGCAAGCCCAAGGUCUCCGGCGAGGUGGCCGUCAUGGAGGUCGCCGCCGCGCCGCUGGGUGUCCGCACCCGCGCGCGAGCGCUCGCGAUGCAGAGGCAGCCGCAGGGGGCGCCGGGGGCCAAGGACCAGGGGGAGUACCUGGAGCUCAGGAGCCGGAAGCUCGAGAAGCUGCCCCUGCCGCCGCCGCCGGCGAGGAGGAGGGCGGCCGCGGCGGAGCGUGUCGAGGCCGAGGCCGAGGCCGACGAGGUGUCCUUCGGGGAGAACGUGCUCGAGUCGGAGGCCAUGAGGAGCAGGGGUACCAGGGAGACGACGCCCUGCAGCUUGAUUAGGGACUCGGGAACGAUAAGCACUCCUGGAUCCACAACAAGACCAAGCCACUCGAAUUCCCAUCGCAGGGUGCAAGCUCCAGCGCGCCAUAUUAUUCCAUGUUCAGCAGAGAUGAAUGAGUUCUUCUCUGCUGCGGAGCAACCGCAACAGCAAGCCUUCAUCGACAAGUACAACUUUGAUCCUGUGAACGACUGUCCUCUCCCAGGCCGAUACGAGUGGGUGAAGCUAGACUGAUAAUUCUCCAGGAAGGAGAGCACCAUGUACCUCUCCGCUCCCUCCACCUUAGCGUCGUGGUAGAGGCGCGCCGCCGUGUUAGCUUUGUUUCCGUUGUAAAAAGAAUUAGGGUUAGCCUGUAGUAGCCUCAAUGGUCUUGUAACAUACAGAAGUAAUGCUGAGUUACACCCUAAUCCCUCAAAACUCCAAUGUAACCGUUAGCAGCUCAUUCUGUAAUGACCACCUCUAGGGCCUGAUCUUAUCAUCUGUUACCAGUUGCCAGACUAAUGUAGUAGAGCUAGCUAGAUAUUGUAUCACAGCUUAACUUGUAAUGUGGGCUGGGCUGCAGUGCCAUCUGCAUUCCAGUGUUGUGCUGCAUUGCACCUGAAGUGCUGUAACUUCUGUCUAUUACCUUCUGGUUCAUGGUAUGUGAAAAGGCUGGUGACAAUGCUUGAAA